AGAUACGAACCUCAGCUUGUGAAAGUCACAGAAACUUAGGUAUCUACUAAGGAGACACAAGUUUAUUAAAAGUGUCAAAAAUAGAAACUUAUUAUAUUUAUUUCACAUGAAAUGUUUAAAAACGACGAUUUAUAAUGGGAAAAAUAGAUAAAAACAUCGUUAAUAUUUAGAUGUAGAUAAAAAUAAAACGAGUCUAAUUCAACUUAUGAUAAAACAUCACAUUAUUAUAAACAGCGAUCAAUUCCUUAGUGUAAUACCGAUAAUAUAUAAAAUGCACGAAAGCAUGGAUGAUAUAUGCAAAGCUAUAGAUGAAAAUUUAUUGCGAAAUCUGGAACUAAUGGAAGAGAAAAUUAAUCUGGAUUUGCGUUUUCGAUUUAUCAUUACUGAUUAAUCUACAAACUCACGCCAAAUUAUCAGAAGUUCAUCACUUUACCGUCGACAGCGCUGAGAUAGAAAUUCUUCAAAUCUUACAAAACUGCCUAUGUGUACCUAGUCUAUGUUUACAUCAUUGCCCUGCCCCCUGGCGUGACGCUACUGGAAGAUUAUCGGUCAAUUAUCAGUAGUGACGAUUUAUUAAACUAUAAUAAUGGCAGUUAAAGAGAAACAUUCAGAAAAUUCUACUGACGAAAUCGAAUGGAACGUCGAAAAUGAAAUUCAAUUAUUUUUUGCUAUGAAUGGACAUAAACCUGUUGGUGUGAAUAAAUAUUUCCACAUGAUUUGUAUAUGGGAAAAGUUUCGUGCUGCCACACACAAAGACAUACCAUUGAAAAUGAUUUGGGAUCAUUUGGAAUCUAUGUAUGACCUCAUAGCAUUGGACGAUAUGGAAGAUUUACCGUUCCCUAGUCAAGAAAUAGACUUUUGUUUACCUGAACAAGAAUUUUUGGGAACGAUUAAAGCUAGGAAAAAAGAAGAGCCAGAAUUUAAGCUGAAAGAACAAAGGGACAAAUAUAAGGAAAUGAAAAAAGAAAAAGAUGUUAAAGAUCUUAUGAAAAAAGAUACAAUACUUCGUGACCUUAAAGGGACUAAAGAUAUCGAUAAAAAGAAGGAAGAGUUUAAAAAAUAUGUUAAGGAUAUAGAAAUGAAAAAAGACAAACUUCGAGACAUGAAAGAUAUUCGGAAAGAUCAUAAAUCUUCAAAGGGGAGAACCAAAGGAAAAGAUGAUCUUGAAGAAACAGUGUCUAAUGGGAAGAAAGAACGCAAAGAUUCUGAUUCAGGCCGCGAAAGCUUAAAAAGAGGUCCAAAACGACCAACCAGGCAAAGUGUCGAUAGUACAUCUAAAGCAUCUCCAAGUCCACGUGAUACACCUCCACCAAAGCGAAGAAGGAUAUAACAAUUUCUGACAAAAUUGAGUUUGUUAUUUGUAUAUGCGAACACAGUUUGCAUCACAAACUUGAGACAAGAUGCUAUUCACGUAUCUAAUAUAUGUGAAACAUGUACAGACUUUUCUGAAAGAUUAUAUAUCUGUGAAAAGAUAGUUUUAUAAGAAGUUGCGCAUUUAUAUUUUGUAAAUAGAAUAUAUGCUACAUAAUGAAUUAUUAAUAAAAAUAUUAAGUAUU